AUGGGUGUUUCCGGGUCAGAAAGUAUCGUAAGUGAUAAUAUUAGUGACGAUAGUAGUGUUUUCUUCGUAGAGAACCAGUUUAUGGGUUGCUAUAAGCGGGAGGAUCUGAAGACAUAUCGGACUCAAGAAUGGGGUACACUUAUUCGUUAUGUUGAUCAGGUUCUUAAGGGUGGGGUGGAUGAUUUUCGAUUAAAACUUUGCAUGUAUGCGGUGGAGUUGGGGUUUGAAAUUAAUUGGGUGAGGAACAAUAAGCAAACUGUUGUAGCUUGUUGUAGCAAGAAGUUGUCAGAUGGUUGUGACUGGCUUGUGAAGGCAUCCUUGUGCAGGCACAACAAUUAUUUUUGUAUUACGAAGUUGGUCAACGAGCACAAGUGUCGUGGUGUUGUACGUCUUCAGAAGAGUAGCAUGAUGGGAUCAAAGAUUAUAAAAUCACUUAUGCUUGACAAGCUUCGUGCCGAUCCUAAUAAAUCAGUUGUUGAUAUAUCCAAGGAGUUGAAGACUGAUUAUGGAUUGGAUGUGUCGUAUCAUAAAGCUUGGUACGACAAAGAACUUGCUAGGGAUGCUAUGAUGGGUAAUGAAGCCGAAUCUUAUGCUCAACUAAACUGGUUUUGUCAACAGACUGUUACUGUCAACCCGGAAUAUGAAAUCAAUGUAGAGAUUUACAGCGAAUCAAAAAGGUUUCAGCGUAUGUUUGUUUCGUAUUCAGCUUGGAUGAAGGGUUUUCAAGCUUGCCGACCUCUUCUAUUCAUUGAUGCGACAUUCAUCACCAACAAAUACCAAUGUCAACUUCUUGCUGCAACUUCCAAGGAUGGAAAUAGUGGUACUUUCUCUAUCUUUUAUUUUUCUUCGACUGUUACUGGUAGUGUGACAGGCAUUGUGACUGAUAGUGUGAUUGGUAUGUAUCUGGUAGCUUAUGCCAUUGUUGAUGCAGAAUCUGAGAGUAACUGGAGAUUUUUCCUCGAGUUUUUGUCUCUUCAGCUAUCGAAAUACUCCUCAUGCCGUUAUACCGACAAUGCCUACCUCAAGCAUAGGAUCUCUAAUUUGUUUAUGCAAUGUGCUUAUUCUCGCAUAGUUGAUACAUAUGAAAAAAAUAUGGAAGCGUUGCUCGCAGAAGGUGGCACACUAAUUGAGGACGUUUUGGAAGAUCUUCCAAAAGAGAUUUUUGUUGAUGGUUUUGGGACUGGUUAUGUGGUUAUAGUGCGACUUAAUGGUGUGACAGGUGUUGUGACAACAAGUGUGACAGGUGUUGUGACAAGUGGUGUGACAGGGGUUGUGACAGUGAGUGUGACGGGUGCUGUGACAGGGGGUGUGACAGAAAGUGUGACAGGGAGUGUGGCUGGCGCUCUGACAUUUUUUAGACCGAUAUUUUUUUUUUCCAAGUAUGGUGAGAUGACAAAUAAUAUGGUAGAGUGUUUUAACAACUGGGUGUUGCCUAUGAACAGUCUUCCAAUUGUUGAGAUGAAUGAGGUUAUUCGUGUGAAGUCAAUGGAAUAUAUUGAGACUCGGAAAGACGAGGUAAAGGAUUGGGUCUCGAUUUUGUGUCCAAAGAUGGAACUGUAA